AGAAUCGACAUCUCACUAUCUUUUAAAUACAUAAACUCUUUUAGCACGAUGCAACGCAUUUUUGGAUACGUGCGUAAAUUUUUAAACAUUCGCAGAUCGAAAGCAACGCCGCAUCUCACCUGUGAAAACGUUCAUCAAGGAACUCAACUUUUAAUUCGCCUCGUUCAAAGAGCGCGGCUUUGGCCAGAGUACGAUGCGCUGAAGAACAACAAAAGUGUCCACUCUUCGAGCAGCAUCGCGUCGUUGUCACCAUUUUUGGAUGACCUGGGAGUUAUUAGAGUUGGUGGCCGACUAAAGCAUUCAACGCUCGGCUUCGAAGCACGACAUCCAAGCAUUCUUCCAAAGGAUCAUCCUUUAACGUUCGCCAUAAUUACGUAUUUCCAUCGCAAGUGUCACCACGCAGGCCCCCAGUCCCUUCUAGCUUCAAUUCGCAUGCAGUACUGGCCUAUAGGUGGAAGAAAGACUGUGGCACGCGCCCUACGAAAAUGCGUCAUAUGCUGCAGAUCAAAGCCACGACUUUUCGAGCACAUCAUGGCGGAUUUGCCAAAAGAACGCAUUCAAGCCUCGCGUGCCUUUAUCAUCUCUGGAGUGGACUAUUGCAGACCAUUCUAUUAUAAGCCCGAAGCGCGCAGUAAAUCGCCCCAGAAAUGCUAUAUCAGCGUAUUCAUUUGUUUUGCAACAAAGGCCGUUUGGAUGGAACUGGUUAAGGACCUUUCAACUGGUGCCUUUCUGGAUGCCCUAAAACGAUUUGUCGCUACGCGUGGUACACCAAGCUGCAUCUGGUCUGACAACGCAACCAAUUUUGUAGGCGCUAAGAACGAGUUGAAAGAUUUACGACGCGUGUUUCUCAGUGAAAAGCAUCGUACAGAGGUUCACACGCACUGCCUUAACAAUGGUUUCGAUUGGCGAUUCAUACCGCCUCGUUCGCCGCACUUCGGUGGCCUUUGGGAGGCCGCAGUAAAAAUGGCAAAGCAGCAUUUGUAUCGCACUGUUGGAACUGCAAUUCUUGGUUUCGAUGAAUUGCGCACCUUGGUAUGUGAAAUCUCUGCCAUAAUUAAUUCUCGCCCACUUGUGCCAAUUUCAGAGAAUCCCGACGAUAUUGACGUAUUGACGCCAGGUCAUUUUCUUAUCGGUGGCCCCCUUACAGCACUUCCAGAACCGGACCUUACGCCUCUAAAUUACAAUCGGCUCGAUCGGUGGCAGCGCGUUACCUAUUUGCAACAAAUCUUCUGGAGGAGAUGGAGUGAAGAAUACUUAACUCUUCUCCAGCAGCGCGCCAAGUGGCGCACUCCACAGCCCAAUAUCCAAAUCAACGACGUGGUAUCAAGGAUGAAAAUUCUGCGCCUCUAAAGUGGCCUUUGGCU